AUGUGGUUUCUGAGGAAAAAUCUAACUCUAAAGAAGACUCUGAAGCUGAAACCUCUUUGGGCUAGAGAUGAUCACUUCUGCAGGAGUUAUCUUCUUAACUGUCUGGCAGAUCAUCUAGCAGAUGCUUACACCAACAAUCCCUCUGCAAAGGAAAUAUGGAAUGCUCUGGAGGACCAGUACAAUGAUGAGAAGCUGUCCAAAUCUCACCUCAUUGACAAAUUUCUGGACUUGAAGUUUGAAGAUGAUACCGAGCUUCCUCCAUCUUGGAUGUCAUUCUCCACUGACAUUCGGAGAAGGAAAAGACAGGUGACACUGUCUGAUUUGAAGAGGUUCAUUUGGAUCGAGGAUGAGACUCGGACUCGCACGAAGACUGAGCUCCUUGCUAAGCAGAAGGCGUCUGCUAACAUGGUGGCAACUAACUCUAAAAAGGGUAAUAAUUCAUCUUUCAAGAAGAAUAAAUCUUUUAACAUAAAGAAGAAUCAGAAUCCGAAGAACCUGAACGUCCAAAAGAAGGAGUUCAAGAAGAGCGGCAAAAUACUUCAACUGUGGGAAGCAAGGAUAUUUUGCCAAAGACUAAAGAAGUACCUCAUCACCUUCAUUGACAACCAUUCUCGCUUCUGCCAUGUUUACCUGCUGAAAUCUAAAGAUGAAGCCUUCAGUAAAUUUGUCGAGUUUCGGACUCGAGCGGAGAAGCAGCUUGGAUUGCAUGCGGCGAGUGCUGUGACAGCAAACUCGAUGUUCAAUGGAAAUAAGCGGACCAUUCAUCUGAAGCAUGGCUAUUUGAGAGAGCUCAUUUGUCAAAGAGUCAUCUCUGUGAUUGACGUCCGAUCUUCAGAGAAUGUAGCUGAUCCUUUGACAAAGGGUCUGAAAAAGGACAUAGUCGAAAGGACGUCUGCUGGAAUGGGUCUCAAAGUUUUGUAA